AUGUAUGUGGACCACAUCACUUUACAAGAUUUAAUAAAAUAUCAGGGCAUCAGCUGCGAAGUAUUACAGGGUUACUACUAUGAUGAAAAGAGAGAUUUUAGAAUAAGAGAUGAAGUAAAGAAAUUGUUUGAAUUGAGAUUAAAGUAUAAGAAGGAAGAAAACCCGCUACAAGAAAAUAUUAAAUUAAUUUUGAACAGUAUUUAUGGAAAAACUAUUUUGUCCCCGAUAGAGUCGAAAAUUAAAAUCAUUGAUGAUAAAGAUGCUGUUAGGUAUGCCAUCAGAAAUUAUAAUCAUAUUAUUAAGUUCGAAGGUUUAGAUGGUUCGGAUAAAACUAUUUUCAAACUAACUAAAAGCAUUUGCAGACACUUUAACUUUUGCCCCUUAGGUGUUAAUAUCUUAUCUAUGUCGAAACGUAUCAUGAAUGAAGUAUUUUGCACGAUUGAAGACUUAGGAUUAAAAGCGUUUUAUCAGGAUACAUAUUCGAUGCACAUUUACAAUGAAGACAUACCAAAACUCGCUGCAGAGUUUAAGAAGAGGUAUGAUCGCGAACUUAUUGGAAAGAAUUUAGGUCAGUUCCAUUCCGACUUUGCAGAAAUCACAAAAGGUAAACAAAGUUUAGCUUAUAAGUCGAUAUUUUGUGGAAAGAAGACUUACAUUGACUUACUCACUAAUGAUUUAAAUGAAGUUGCAUUUCACUGCAGAAUGAAAGGCGUAAAACAAGAUGUUAUAGCUUUAACAGCAAAUGAAAUGUUUCCUGAAGCAGUUAAAUGUGUUUAUGAUGAAGAUAAAGGAUUAAUGAUUCCUCAGGGAAAAUAUGAUAAAGAUAGUGAGUUUUCAGUUAUGAAAUUAUAUGAAGCCCUUCAUAGUAGUCAGGAAAUUGCAUUUGAUUUAUGCAAAUCAUCAGCACCGUGUUUUGAAGAGAAGUUUAACUUUUCAAUAACGACUAAAAAUACUUUCAUAAGAAAGUUAAAGUUCUGA